GAUGCGCGCGCCCGCAACCAUGUCGCCAUUUUGAUUCGAAAAAUAUGACUGAGUUUUUCCUGCUUUGCGUGCUAAACUUAGCCCCGCGUUUGAAUUACUUUGUGUGCGAGUACGUAUCAUACACUCUGCAUUUGAAAUAACACGGAUUGUUAUUAACACCACGUAGUCAUUCACGCGGGGCAACAGUUUAUUUUGUAGUCUUCUUAGCCACAUUUGACUAUCGUUAGCUAAGUUGAGCUAGCUAACGGCGGUCUGUGCUGUCGCAGACUGACCCCUUCUUCAAAACAAAUCACUAUUCGCUCACAGGCUAGCGUAUGUUAGCUCAUACGGCUAGCUAACAGUAGCUGGACAGCUAGUGAUUUAGUAGCUGGCUGCUUAACGAAAAACUCCAGCAACAACUCGGAUCACACGGAAUUACUCGCAGCGGACAUUCAACCAAAGCUCGGAGACUAAAGAGCCAACGUUACUUUAGGGGUGUUCGGAGUCGGCUGAGGCCAGCAGCAACGCAGACUUACUGAGUUGGAAGUAACUACACACUCUGUGCGUGCAAUGCGAGCGCUUACCUGUUUGGCAGACGUUGUGUGCACUCAGAGUAUUAAAAACAUUGGUUUCCAUUAUAAAAAACUGCAGUGAAAGACCUGUGGGGGGUAUGGUGAGCCUCUCAGCGUCCCAUCUCCUAAAGAGGCCCGCGUUUUAAGAGGAGACCCAUGCUGAUAAAUGCCAGGCCUCGCCACACUCUCUGUCGUCUGCACAAACACAAAUGCCUGCCUGCCCGUGGGGGAGGUCUGAUUAAAGAUAUCCACAUUUCAUCCACUGGGCUGUGUCCCCCCUCCCAGCGGCCACCAUGUUUUGGAAGUUUGACCUGCACACCUCCUCCCACAUUGACCAGCUGCUGGACAGGGAGGACGUGACGCUGAGAGAGCUGAUGGAGGAGGAUGACGUCCUGCAGGAGUGCAAGGCCCAAAACCGUCGGCUGCUCCUCUUCCUGUCCCAGGACCACUGCAUGCAGGAGCUGGUCAGCCUCAUCACCACAGAGCCACCUGCUGAUCUGGAGGAGCGAAGCCGCUUUAAGUUUCCCAAUGUUGCUUGUGAGCUUCUGACCUCAGAUGUUUCCAUUAUAAACGAUAAGCUGGGUGGGGAUGAGUCUCUCCUCGAGAUGCUCUACCACUUCCUGGAACAGGACCCACCUCUCAAUCCUCUACUAGCCAGCUUCUUCAGCAAAACCAUCGGCAAUCUCAUUGCCAGGAAAACUGAACAGGUUAUUACCUUUUUAAAGAAAAAAGAAGGCUUUAUUGGUCUGGUGCUGAAACACAUUGACGCCUCUGCCAUGAUGGACCUGCUGCUUCGCCUCAUCAGUUGUGUGGAGCCUGCCCCUUUGAGACAGGAUGUUCUGCAUUGGUUAAAUGAGGAAAGGUUGGUUCAGAGACUCACAGAGCUCAUCCAUGCUGGCAAAGAUGAGGAGAGACAAUCAAAUGCGUCCCAAACGCUGUGUGACAUCAUCCGCCUUAGCCGAGAUCAGGCCAGUCAGAUGCAGGAGAAUGUAGAAGCUGACCCACUAUUGGCUGUGCUAGAAUCGCAGGAGAGCGUGGCAGGGCUUCUCAAGAACAUGUUUGAGGGGGAGAGGAGCGAGGCCUCCAUCGUUAAUGGAACUCAAGUGCUACUUACCUUACUGGAGACCAGGAGGUCUGGGUUGGAAGGGCUGAUGGAUCUGUAUUCUCAGGGUUAUGAAAGGUCUUACACUGUCAACAGCAGUAUUUUAAAUGCCAUUGAGCCCCAUUUAAAGGACUUCCAGCAGCUUCUUCAGGAUCCCCCCAAGAAAAGUGCAAUAUUGACGACCUUUGGCCUUCUAGAUCAGCCACUGGGGAAUGCUCGCCUUCAUGUGGCCCGGCUGGUGGCUGCCCUGCUCCAGACCAAUGCACCCAAUAUCUGCCAGGAGCUCUGUAACCUUGCCACCAUGGACCUGCUACUGGAUCUGUUCUUCAAAUACUCCUGGAAUAACUUUUUGCACUUCCAAGUGGAGCUGUGUGUGGCCUCUAUCCUGAACCAUCCUUCCUCAGAGGAGCGGCCAGGCCUAGGCCUGCAGAACCACGAAGAGAGCGCCACAGCGUCCAGCCCUCAGGCGCAAGAGGAGGACGCGACAACAGACGGGACGAGCGACCCACAGACCUCCAUCCACGGUGCGCUCGUGGCACAUCUCUUCCAGAAGUGUCGAUUGCUUCAAAGGAUCCUUGAUGCCUGGGAGGAGAACGAUAGAAUACAGGCUGAUGGUGGUACCAGGAGAGGCAACAUGGGUCACCUGACUAGAAUAGCCAACAUGGUGGUCCAGAACCUGGAGAAAGGACCAGUACAGACCCAGAUCUCUGACCUCAUCAGAGAGCUGCCAGAAGACUGCAGAGGUCGCUGGGAGAGCUUCGUGGAUGAGACCCUGAGAGAAACUAACAGGAGGAAUACAGUAGAACUGGUAAGCACUCACAAUAUGCACUCGUCCAGUGAGGACGAUGACAUGGAGAGCCCCUUCCCCAACGACCUGUCGCUCCAACAGGCUUUCUCAGACUAUCAGAUCCAACAGAUGACUGCCAGCUUUGUGGAUCAGUUUGGCUUCAAUGACGAGGAGUUUAGCGAACAUGAUGAAAAUAUCAAUGCUACGUUUGACAGAAUCGCCGAAAUAAACUUCAAUCUAGAUGCUGAUGAUAACAGUGCCAACGCAGCUGCAUUUGAAGCCUGCUGUAAAGAGAGGAUACGCCAGUUUGACGAUGCUGAAGAGGAGGAGGAUAUCUGGGACGACAAGGAGAUCAACUAUGCAACACAAGCUAAAUCCAGAACAAGGUUCGGGGUUUCUCAAACCUCAGAGGGAAGCUCCAGGAGCAGCAUGGAAAACGGAGGUCGGGAGCGGGACCGUGGAUCUGAAUCGGAUGAGGACGAAGACUCUGAGCAGAACACGUCAGAUUCGGGUCCUGGCUGGACAGCAAAUUUCAGGGAUUCUGGAGAGACCGCAGCAUCCCAAACCUCCCCCGGGUGGGAGAGCUCAGCAGGGAGCGCGGCAGAGACACAGACUGGCUGGGCUAACUUCACUGAGUUCCAGCCUUUCUCUGGUACAGAGACAGAUCCCAGGUGCAGCUCUCCUGUGGAAACGGGCAGCAGUGAUGUCGAUAAACAAGCCAAACAAAACCACGAGAAGAGCGCAGAUGUUAGUACCUCCCCUGGUCCAGCAGGAGAAGGGAGAAAGGCUCCACUCGUGGCCUCAGACAGCAGCUCCUCCGGAGGCUCUGACAGCGAGGAGGAUGACAAAAAUGCUGGUGCUCCUCCCACCUCAGAAACAGCCAGUGCCCCGGGCAACAAGACGGCUGACCUCAAAAGCGAGGAGUGCCCGUCUCUGGAGAAGCUCUCCCUGUCAGAUCCUCCUACAGCUUCAGAGCAGCAGCCUGCCGAGGAUUCACCUGUAAACAUGCAGACUGACAGGAAAGAGGAAACGCCACCGCCCCAGGAAGUGUCAGUCAACGGGCCCGUGUGAGCGCGAGUAGGCGCAGAAGCCCCUGAGAGACGGAGCCGCAGACUGUCAGCCUCCUCCAGAGUGACUCCCCUAAAUAACCUCACUGCAACUACGGUGUUUUUACUGAAUCACUCUGCCGUGUUAUUGGACCUGGACACUGCCAAUCGACACCAAUAACGAGGCAGCAGAACAUGUAUAAAAAACAACCCCCCCCCCCCCCAAAAAAAAACCCCCCCACAAAAGCAAAAAGGAAAAAACUAAAAAGCGAGCCGGAGCAGAGUGCAGAGGAAUCUUCUUCAAAGCCUUUUCCUGAUGUUGCACAUGAUUCCGUGCAGUUUUAAUGUAGCAGCGAUCUUUGAAACGACAGAGUCCGAGGGGUAACAUCGUCACCGUUAUUUUUUUUAUGUCCUCAAACAUUACUCUCCCGCCUCCCACCCUUUGGGAUUUUACAUGGGCACCCCGAACGGAUAGCACAGGCCAACUUUAAAUGAUGCCUCAACAAUAAAUACGUUGUUUGUUUUUUCCUUCAAGCUUUAGAAAAAGCACUUAUGCAGCCAUUUACUGUACAUUAUAGCACAAUGAUGUAAGUGUUCUACCUUCAUCUCUGCUGGUUCUGUCCUCACAUCAAGGUUUUUAUCCAGUGUUUGUUUUUUUCUCGUUUUGGUCGCUGUUGAUGAAACAUCCCUUACCAUCGUACGUCACCAGGUUUCUGAAUGUUUUGAAGUGCUUCAGGACGCUCUGUUGAAGAGGAGGAGAAGCGGGUCAAUGAACAGAGCUCUAAUAGUAUUACUGUCUUUUGCUCAUGUGCAAUAAUGUCAAUUAGCCAUUUUAUUUAAAAAGAAAAAUCAAUCUGGCAUCAGAGACUCAUUGGGUAGUUUCAGAUUUGGAUAUGAUCUCAAUUUUCUCUUCUUUUACUUUAGUGCAUGUUUAACCGGCUCUCUGUUGACCUAGCUAGUGAGCUAAGACCUUCUGAUUGUAUUGACCUUUAAGUUCUUGCUAUCCCCCUUAAAUCAACCAAACUUUAUCUACCUAUAUACAAAUAUUAUCUACAUUUAUAAGUAAUUUUACAAGCAAUCUUGAGAUUACUAUUUUUGUCUGUUCCUUUUCUCUCUCUUUCCACCAAGCACUUACUCACAGGGGGAGAGUGACAUUUGGUAAGAGUGACGCUGUAUGCCCCCCCCCCCCCCCUUAUUAUUAUUAUUAUUAUUUUUUUUUUUUAAGGUUAAUUUUAUUUUGUUUCUGAGCAGCAGAAUUGGAAGGAGUGCAGGUCUGAGUUCUGCAGAGCUACGGACCUCUUUGGUGUACUUAAAUCAUUUGACAGCGAUCAGGUUCUAUGAUUAUUGUUAAAAAAAUUCAAAUUAAAAGUGUCUGGCUGACCACAUUAAUACCAAA